CGAACGCACGACGCACCGAACCCUGAACUGGAUGGGCUACAGCAGCAGAAGAUCAGGACCAUGUGCCGACAGAAGUGACUGAUCUAAUCUGGGAUCAUAGGCGGCAGAGGGAGGCAUGAUAGACCCAAGCUCCCGUGCUCUACUGAUUGAAAAUACAGCCAGAAGCGGGGAAGGGAGAAGUGUCCCUGUCAACUGCGAGUGGUCCGACUCGUCACCGCUCCGCCCCGUGACUUCAUUUCCUCCUCCUGCGGCAAAUUCGCAUAUCUUCUGAGUGAAGCGCUUGUGACUUUCCUUCGAAGUUUAUUCGAUUUUUGUAUUUCUUCGGAAGAAGCUUUUAAAGUGUUUUUUUUGGGGGGAAGUGGGGGUAUUUAGCUUUCAUUUCGCCCCAUCGGAUUCGUGUUUCCCGUCCUCGGCUUCUGCUCGCCUGGAUUGUGGAAAGUGUGGAAAGUUUGGGAAGCGUGGUUGAGGAUUUGUUUUUUGCCGGGAAACCAUGCAGGGCACGGGACUCGCCUGCCUCCGCCGCCUCUUCCUCGUACUCGCGUGUCUUGCUGUAGGGCUGUCUGUGGGUCUCGCUGCACACGGGGACCCUGUGAAGGGAGAAGUGAUUCAGGGAAGUUAUCGCAACCGGAUUGUCCGACAUCCUGAUUGCGUCACGGAGGAAUAUUACGCUGUGAGGAGUCACCUGUGCUGUAAAAAAUGCCCGGCAGGAACUCGCGUGGCCGCGCAUUGUCAGAAGGACCUGGACAGUGCAAAAUGCCAGCCCUGCGCGGCAGGGGAGGAGUACACGGAGUGGGAGAACGGGCUGGAGAAGUGCCUGCCUUGCCAAACCUGUCGGGAAGAUCAGCGGCAGGUGUCCCCUUGCACCCCGCAGAAGAACACGGUGUGUGAGUGUCGAGCUGGGACCUUCUGCGCCCCCGAUCAGGCCUGUGAAGUGUGCCAGAAAUGUAAAGCCCACUGCCCAGGGGGUGAGAUCACGAAGAACUGCACACCGACUUCGGACACUGAGUGCAGAAAGGCCAAACCUGAAGCUGACUCCACAGCAACAGGAGGCAGUUAUGUGGCAAUCGUGAUUACCCUUGUUGUCAUCUUGGUUCUCAGUUUUGCCAUUUCAGCCAUGUGUUACAAGAGGGAACUAUGUGAGAUAAUGAGGAAGAUUAAUGGACGCUUGUACAAAAGGGAUUCAGCAGAUUCUGAAUACCAAACCGUGCAUGUAGCACCCUCUGAAGCGGUCAGUGAGAAUCACCACAGAGAAAAUAGGACUUCAGUGGACACCUGCAUUUACGUGAUUGAUACUGAUGUUGAGCUAUCUCAGGCUGAGAGUACAACUUUGCUUCAGAAUAGCCCUGAAGGUCCAGCCGGAUCUGGGCCAGUCGCCAAGGGCUCUGUUAGCCUGCCGGUAGGCCAUGGCGACGACUCUUUGGGACAAAGUGAACUGACAGGCCCCAAAGAUCUUGCUUGUACUUUUGACACCGGCCAACUGUGCCACUGUGGGGCAGCUGCCAUUACAACGAGAGGAUCUAGCAGCACGGAGAGCUCAUCACAAAAUACACAUGAGGCUUCACCUUCAGCUCCAUACCGAGGCACGGAAGCCAGGAGUCAUCAACAUCAUUGUACAGAUGAUGAAUCAGUGGAUUUAGAAGACUUAAGACAGAGUUUUAUCCUGCUUGUUAAUGAGGUACCUAUUAAAAUGUGGAAGCAGUACAUGCGGAAGCUUUCUCUGACUGAAAAUGAGAUUGAAACGGCGGAGCAGAACAACAGUAAAAAUGUGACAGAAGCAAACUACCAGAUGCUUAACACGUGGCUACAGAAAACGGGGAAGGGUGCCUCUCUGCACACUCUGCUGAGCACUCUCAAGGAAAUGGACCUGAAUGAUGCAGUGCACAACGUACAGAGAAAAAUUAGGCACGAGCUGAAACAAAGAAAAUGACAAUUUUGGACCUACUUUUAUGAGCCUGUCGAUCGAUUUCAAGCUAUUCUACGAGGAAAGAAACAGUCUCAUUUCCUCAGGCUUUGCGUCUUCUUUACUCUUCCUGCAAACUUGUUCUAUCAGUAGUUGGGAUAUCUGUCAAGAGAAUAAAUUUUGGAUGUUUGGGUUCUCUGUAUUCAGGAGCUUUUCGACCAUCCUUGUGAAUUACGUUGUCCCAGCAGGAGAGUUUGAACGUUCAUGGCUGCUUCCUUUACAUUCCCAGACAUCCCACCUCUCCCUGGAGUUCCAGGAGUCUCCCACAUAUCGAUAGCGGCUCCCUGAUGCCUGCAAAUUAUAUACAAUAUCCCGGAAAUCAGUUUUUUAGAGAGGGAGAGGGAAAAAAGAAAGAAAGAAAAUGAAUGAAUCCUGUUUGGUGUCUCUUUGUGCUAAGUAGACCUAUCAGUUUUCUCUGUAGGCGGGCUUUACAAUCGGCCUCUCUCUCUCUUCCAUAUUCCAUCAGUUCAGUUACUGCUGUCUGUAAUGACCGACAACUGUCGAAGAUGAAGUACGAAAGCCUGGUGAAGAAAUUCCCAAGGCUGGCGGUGACAACCUGACUAUACAGACUGAGGCUGUCUUAUACGCAACACACAUCAAAGUUGCUGGUGAACGCAGCAGGCCAG